AUGAAAGAUAAACUAGAAUCUGCCCGUUCAAAAAAACUCUUUAAAUUCCUCGACCGAGGUGACGUCCCUUCAAUCGUCCUAGAUACGGCUCCUCCAAUCCAAGACAUCAUUUCCCGUGUAGCAGCAAAAGGAUACCCAAUAGACAUCAUCUCAAAAGAAAAUGCUGCCGUCGCAUACGAGUCUCGAUAUGCUUGUCGUGAUGUCGAACGUGCCGCAGAAGUCCUCGUGUACUUUCUGGACGCUUCUGAUAACAAAAUCUCUUCAGUCACACACCAGUGCUCCACUAUUACUACUACUACUACUACUACUGCCACAUCCCAUAAAGCAUACUGCCGGUUACUCGGCGCAGAUAACCGUAACGCUGUGACGUGUUAUCUCGAUACACUUCUCUUCUCAAUGUUUGCACGUAUUAAUGACUUCGAGCCUAUGCUCAAAAGAGUCUUCCCAGAAAAUGCAAUCUUAGAUAGCUUGACUGUCUUUAUCCGGCUUUAUGUCAAUAUGCUGCGUGAUGGCAAACAUAUUACCCAAGAUAUCACCAAGCUUCUCAUCAAUUCCCUCAUCAAAGCUGGCUGGGAACCCACAGGUGCAACGGCCCAACAGGAUUGCUGCGAGCUUUUCAACUUUAUCACAGAUCUUCUUGCCAUGCCUAUGCUCACCCUCAAGCUCGAAAUUGCACAUGAAGGACUUGACUCUAAAGAAGACGACCAUAAACUCGUCAAUGAGCGAUUACUCCUGGUAACAAUCCCAGGUGACUCAAACGAUGAGCCCAUUUUACUCGAGCAAUGUCUUGAGUCCUACUUUGCCAACUCAGUCCAAGUCUUUCGUCAGCUUGAACGACGACGUACGCUUGAUUCGACCCAAUCUGCGCCUCAGAUCCGUGGACGUAAACGUCAGCUUUCCAUCUGCGUCUCUUCAAGAGAAGUCCCCGAGGAAGAACCUCCAUCUGCAACAACUCCAACUCAAACACUCACUCCAACACAGCAAAACUCACCGCAAAGUCCUCAUGAACUGCUCCCAACAUAUUCGUCACUCUACCAGCACUCGGUCUUACAACCACCACCACCACCACCACCAGAAAAACACUCGCUUUCGACUCUCCCACCAAAUACUUUAUGGACCCCGAAUAAAGAGUUCUCACUACCAGCUUGGAUGUUUCUCCAGCUAGUACCCUUCUACACUAAUCCAGACUGCAACAAAACUCCAGCAAACCCCCUCGGAAUUGCACCUGCAACAGACUCCUUUGCCGGGGCUCGACCCGUCGUGGCCAUCUGUCUCAAGCGGUCCAAUUGGACCACCAGCAAUAAUCAUGCAGUGUUAAACAACCGCAAGGUCAUUGUGCCUCAGGUGAUUCAUUUCCCAAACUUUGUCGCUGAUAACAAUGAAGACGACGUCCAGCAAUCUGAACAUACAAAUACAAAUGGCGCAGAUAAGUUUGUUCUUGUUCUUGAAAGUGCAAUCUUUCACCGAGGAGCAUCUACAAAUGCAGGUCACUUUGUGGCCAUUGCGCGUGAAAAUAACUCUAUUCCAUACGAUCCAGAAGAUCCUAAAAACAAAACUCCCACAGGACCCGGCAGCCGCUGGAUAUUCUUUGACGAUCUUCAGCCCCUUGGGAAAAAAGUUGUUGUCGCAGACUUUGAGACUGUCUUCCGCCGCGAAAACCCCUAUCUCUUGUUCUACCGACUCGUCACAGUCACAGACUACACUAAUGAGCAAGAGGCUGGCGGUGAUAUUGUCAAUGGCUCACUCCCUGUGGACCAGCAACAACUUGAGCAACUGUUGCAGCCUUUACAGGAACCCGAUUCCCAGGUCGAAAAAACACAAUCUAUGGAUACACUCUGUCCUCCUCCCUCUGGGGUCGGAAUUGCUUCAGAACCCUCAUCACCUCGUACCUCUAUGGAACUAGAACGGCCAGAAUCGCGGCAAAUGACUCCGUUCGACUUACUGGACAAUGGAGAUACGUCCGAAAUCACAGUUAAUGCGGUGGAUAGCGAUAGUGAUAGUUCCAUCAGUGGUAUUAUUAAGGCGUCGCAGAUUAUCGAUGGAUCCACUACAACCACAACAACCACUGCUGCUAUACCACCUCCUACAGUCACUGUUCAUGCUCCAGUUGCAGUGCAUGCUCCAGUUGCAGUGCAUGCCCCCGUUGCAUCACACGUCUCGCAUGUCACAGAUGGCAUGGCGCGUGUAGCCAUUUCGGAACCGCCAGCUGAGAUUUCAGAUAAAAAGAAAAAGGGCAUGAAACGCAACAAAUCUUUAUACAAGAGCCUGACCAGUCUACGCAAGUCACGCUCGAGACCUCCUUCACCUUCGGCAUCAGAGGUGACGCCACCAGUCCCGUCAAAGGGGUUCCGCAAGUCUAUGGAGGCUACAUUUGGAGGAUACCACAGCAAGUCAUCAUCACCUCAGCUUAAACCUACUGAAGGCCUUGGUGUUCCUGGGGUCGGAUCCCAGCACCCCGUGACCGCUUCACGUUCGGUAUCACCAAUUUCCCAAUCAUAUAUGAACAAGACUCGAACAGGAUCCGUUUCCACGUCGCCCAAAUCGUGGCCAGGCGGGUUUGACUCGAGUGGAGUUCCAACGCUGCGUGAAAACCAUAACCAUACUAAUCGUCAUCAAGGACACUCGCCCUCAGUUUCUUCAACACUUGCACCGUCAACCCUCUCGCUGGCCUCCACGUCUCCGCCAAACACCCAGGCAGCAGCAGCUGCUGCUGCUUCUGCAAUCACCUCACAUAAGCCACUCCCAGGACUUCCGACACGGGUGGACGAACCCUCUAGUGGGAAAAUGUCGUCGCGACUGCGGGGGAAGAACAAAGGCACAGUAGCAUCUUCACCGUCUACAAUUUUCUCAUCCUUCUCUUCAACACCGUCCACACUCCCCUCAGGGACCGUUUCUGCAGUAUCGUUAGUUCCAGGAACUCCACCGUCCAACCAGGUUCUGUUCAAUGCGGUGGAGGUGCCCAGUACGUCUAGCACAGCAAGCAGUAGUUAUACUAGUCUACCUCCUGGUGGGAACGUGCACUCGCGUAGUGGAUAUUUCCAUGGGUACCAUCAUUCAGGGACAUCUGCGACAGCAGCAGCAGCAACGUCUUCGUCGUCUCACCAUGGUAUGCCUCUGGGAGGUACCGGUAGUAGCAUGGGACUUGUGACUGCAGAAGAAGCACAGCGACACGCGCAAUACCGGAGCGAGAAGUGUACAAUUAUGUAG